UUUGUAGUGUCUGUUUGUGAAAUUUAUUAUGGGAUCAUUUAGUACCUCGGAUUAUUGGCCAGGAAGUUUAUCUUUAGGGUUUAAAUAUAGCAGAUAAGUGCUAUUUAUGACCUUUGAAAGGUUUGAACCAUGAUAUCAGUGCUAAAAUUACCAGACUGAUACCAUAAAAUUACUUAAUUGAAUUCGGUGCAAUGUUGGUGUGGUACCUAAAGUUAACUUUGAUAAAAGCGUGACAAGGUAAAAAGUCAUUGGUAACUUUAUACAGGAAGGUAUAAUGGAUGUAAUACCAUAAUAUCCUAUGAUGAGCUCAACUCUCGUGGAGACUGUGUCUAUCAACUAUGAGGACUUUAACGACAGUUUCCUGACCUGCGGUACCUGUCUGUGUGUGUACGACAGCAACGAACACCACCCGAAACUACUGCCCUGCUCACAUACUGUGUGUAAGAACUGCUUGGAGAGAAUUGUCGACACUCAGAUACAUGACACAGGAACAUUCAGAUGUCCUAUAUGUCGUGAAACUAUAGGUAUACCACGAGGUGGAGUCAUAUCUUUCCCUGCAAGUUUUAUAGUCAACCAACUUCUGGACCUAAUGUCUCGUCAGCGUCGUGAUGUCAUUCCGAAAUGCUCCGUACAUGCUGCAGAGGAACUACUUUUCUGUGAGUCCUGUGAUUCAGUAUUCUGUUUGCAAUGUACGGGAGAGGAGCACAAUGGACGAGGAGCCAGUGAACAUACCGUCAUUCCAUUCUCGAUAGCAAUUAAACGUAUGUCAGAAAUAUUGCUGUACAAGGCUCAUUUGUGUAUCAAAAACCUGAACAAUGCGUUUGACAAUGUCUCCACUGAAGCACACCAGCUUGAGAAUUCAGUGGAACGUACCAUGGAAAAUAUUAAUAGGUCGUUUCAAGAUAUCAUUUCUCUCGUUGACAAAAGAAGACAGGAAUGUUUAUCGAUGGUGCGGAAGAUACGCGAAGAGAAGAAAACCAUAUUGAAAGAGCAAUUAGAUUUGAUUCAGUCAGAAAAACAAAAGGUUCAAGGUGAAUGUGACGGGUUGCAAUAUCAGGUCGAGGUCCGCAACAUAACCAAGAAGAUCAGUGAUCUGAAUGAAAAGCUUGACUCGACAAGCACUUUGUCCGAACCGCGGGAGAAUAGUUUCAUGCGCUAUGAAUAUAAACAUAACACUGCUUUAAGAGACAUAUCAAAUGCUCUGAACAACCUUGGUCGUAUUAAAGUUAGUACAACAUUCCCUGCCCUUUGUUCCGCAAAGAUUAGCAAAGCAAUCACACAUCUAAAAUCGUGUGUUACCAUAACUACAGUUGAUUACCAUGGAAACCCCAGAGUUAGUGGCUCCGAUCCAGUGAUAGCCGAUCUCAGAAAUGACAAGGGAGAUGUGAUAGAUACCAAAAUCAAAGAUAGAAAUGAUGGUACCUACGAGAUUCAUUACGUUCCCCCGAAGUCGGGAAAUUAUAAAAUGUGUAUAGGCAUAUUUAACCGACCAAUUAAGGGAAGUCCAUUUUCAAUUAGUGUAACUGAUCACAACAAUCCGGUGUUGAGAUAUGGAACUAGAGGAACAAGAGAGGAUGGCUUAAUGCAGCCGCUCCGAGUAGCGACGGGGGAUUCUGAUGGGAAUGUGUAUGUUCUUGAUACGGGUAACAGUAGAGUCAAGGUCAUUGACGAGUAUGGGGACUUUGUGCGCCAUAUUGGAUCAGAGGGGUUCGAAAAUCAAAGUGGGAUGGGCAUUGCUCUUACAAAGGACAAUCAAGUUGUUGUUGUGAAUUGGAGAACGAAACUAGUAUCCUUCCUUUCACAAGAAGGCGAACUUUUGAACAAAUUUACACAUGACUGUUUCGCAGAACCGAUUGAUAUUGCGAUUAAUUCGCGUGAUGAGAUUAUUAUUGCCGAUAUUGGAGCAAAUAAAAUUUUCAUAUUUGACCGGUCAGGAAAGUUGUUGACGACUUUCGGAAAUAAAGGGGAAAGGGAGGGACAGUUUAGAAACAUCUCCGCCGUGACUGUAGGAAAAUGUGAUGAAAUCCUUGUAGCGGAUCAUAGAAUUCAAGUAUUCACUAAGGAUGGUAAAUUUUCCCGCCAAGUUCCGAAUCAGUCCAAAGGCGACUAUGGCGGGAUCGUUGUUGACUCUUCAGGCUAUAUUUUAGCCACCCGUAUUGAAAAAGGUCGGGGCUUUGUGCAAGUCUUGAAUUCGAGUGGAAAAUUGAUGUUCUGUAUAGACAGUUUCGAGGACAAGUUGAAACGUCCUAGUGGACUCGCUGUAACAAAAGACCAUCAUGUAUAUGUAGCAGACCUUGGAAACAACUGUGUCAAAAAGUUUAGAUACAGGUAGUGCAAAGGGAAAAAACCAGUCACAGACAGAUCACCAAAAGGCUUCAACCAUAGCACACGGCGUUUUCCACAGUACAGAAAUUGAUCCAGUCGGAAACUUGACAUGGCAUUACAUCUAUUAUGCACUUAAUUUGUUGUGUUUUGUGGGUUUUUUUUAUGCAAGGAAGACAACUUUAGACUGCUUCUGUUGUAAAAUACUUUUAUCCAAAAAUAGUGAUGACCUAUUUGUAAAAACAGCAAGACUUUUAAAAAAAAAAAACUUGUACGCUUUGUGCAAAUGAAGAUUUCAUAUAGGUGUAACUUGUAAGAUAUACAAGUCUUAUUGUAUGGCCAGUCUUUAGAUUGUUUUAUACUAUUGUAAGCUUUACAGGCAUUGCUCUUAAUUUUGAUAUUUUUUACAUAUUUUUUUUAUACCUGAAUAUUAGGAAUUAAGUAAAAAAGAAAUGAAAUGCUUGGCAGUUUUUAACUUUUCAAAAUACUCAACCGCAGAAAUAACUGGAGUAAAAUUUUUGUAUAGAAUGUCAACUGAUAUAAAUAAAAUAAUUACAAUUUAACAUCUGUUUUUUAUGCCCCCGGCAUCUACUGAUGCGGGAGGCAUGUAGUGAUUGUCCUGUCCAUCUGUCUGUUCGUCGUCCAUCCGUACGAGCUUAACCAAAUGGGACCGUUUCGUCUAGCAUCAAUACCCCUUACUAGAAUGACUUGAUACUAAUGCAGAUAUAACCUGUGACCAUUCCUCAUCUUCAGACAUCACCUGACCUCAUUUUGACCUUGACCUUGACCUCUUUUUGGACUUUGGUUGCUUUAUAUGGGCCAUCUCUUGGUUAACCAAAUGGGACCGUUUCGUCUAGCAUCAAUACCACUUACAAGAAUGAAUUGAUACUAAUACAGAUGUAACCUGUGACCAUUCCUCAUCUUCAAACAUCACCUUGACCUCGUUUUGGACUUUGGUUGCUUUGUAUCGACAAGGAUGCCACCGGGGGCAUCAAGCGUUUAUUGAACGCAGCUCAUUGUUUUUUAAUACACUUGAAACUGUUAUCUAAAUUGCUAACCUUGUAGAAAAAAAUAUUUUGAUAUUCUAAAUGACUGAUCGGAAAGUUUUUUAAAAAAUGUUUUCUAAUUUCAUGGCAGUUGAUGUUUGUUUAUGCAGUUUUCGACCAUUUCUUCUGAUAUUGAUAGGUAUGUGUUUGUUUAUAUUUAUGUAUUUUCAAAGUUAUGCUUUUUUGUUUGCUCACCUUUUAAAAAGAGCUCAACAGAGUCAGUUCAGUUGGAUUUUGAAAUCCAUGAUGUUUUGUAGAAUAUGUUUUCUGAUUGGCUACUGCAUAUAUGAUAAUUUUGUUAACCAAUAGAAAGUUCUCUCUUUUUCUUACAGCAAUUUUGAUUGGUCAACCUGAACUGGGUGUAUGAAUUGUUGAUGAAAUUUGUAAAUGAGGAGAAGUUGUCUUCAAUUUUUGCCUGCAUAUUAGUUCCACAUUUCGGUGUUAAAUUCAUUACCAUGUUAUCAUGUUACCUAUUUCUGUGUCUACACUUGAAUCACCAUGAUCAGGAAUUGUUUUCUUUUUUUUCUAAUUUGAAGACAUAAAAGUUAUGAACUGAGUGUUUUUGUUGCUGUUAAAGAUUUUGUACCUAUCUGGAGAAAAUUAUUUUGACACAUACUUUUUAGAUAUCAACAUCUUUCUUCAGAAAUAGGCAAGUUGCCUGUUUGAUCUAUAAAUACAUGGAUAUUUUUGUCUAGAACCGUAUUUUAGAUAUACAGUUGUUAUUCUAGGCUUUACUAUAUUUAUGGCAUUAAACAAUAACUGACAAGGGUCCAUAAUUCAAUAAAACUGGAACUGAGAAUUAGUUCCGAGGUUUUGAAGAGCAGUCUUGAAAUGCAACCUUUCCAUUGGCCAGUUUCAAAUCUGAGCUCAGAAUCAACCAAUCAGAUACUCAGGAGAUUUGAGACUAGUCUCCAAACUCAUUUUGUUACCUUAGGGCCCAGAACUAUUAAAAUUAUUUGUUGUAUCAACAUUAGGCAGUAAGGGCUUGAAAGGCAGUCUGUAAAACAAGUGUGAAACAUUUGCCAAGCAUUCCCUGUUUUAGAUAUUGCAAACAACAACGUUUUCAUACAAUUACAUUAUAUAACAUAAUUAUAUAUGUACAUAAACAAUAGGGACUGUUCAUUAAAUAUUUUUUAUUGACAAUGUUUUUAACAAUUUAGCAGUAAAAGUAGGAAUAUUAUACCUUGAUAAGUUAUUUUAAGAGAUUGUAUUUUUUCAGUUUUUGUUAACAUCUUACAAAUACAAUGUGUGGUUAUUAUAAAGUAUGCAAGUUAACACAAAGGUGAUUACUUUUAAAAUUAUAUGCAUGAAUAUAACUAGAUCAUGAGACAAUUUUGGAUUUAUCUGUGUAAAAGAAUAAAUGUUUAUACAUCCUAUUAUUUCAAGACCAGUGCUCCCCCACUCUCCCAACACCACUCCACACGAUGUUUAUUUCUAAAACUCAUUUAACAAUAUUGUAAGGACAAAAUUUGUCCUGUUAUGAGAUUUUAAUUGAAGUUUCUGGUGUAUGGGCUAUUUAUGCUGUAAUGUUUUACUCUAUGCACUUGUAAGAUUUGAACUGAGAACACCAUUUUUCUGAGUGUGUAUAUUAUAAUGGUGAAUGUUGAUUUAUAAUAGUUUGCUUUACAUAUUGUAGCAAACUUCUCUGCAUGUUCUUGUGCCAUUUAGUACAUCUUGCAAUAGAUAUAUAGUAUUUUGUGUGGUAUAGAUGAUAUUCCUAAUCGGUGCCAUUUUGAACAUGUCAUCUCUGCAGUUUGAACUUUGACUUUGAGUCAUGACUGCCUUUAUUGCAUCAAAGUACUGGUACGAUUCUGAAUAUGAAAUUGAACCAUACAUGGAAAUACUGUUAUGUGAGUCUGAAAUUUGAACUUUAAAUGGAAGUACUGCCAUGGUUCAGUGUCUGAUAUUGAACUUCAUUGACAUUGAACUUUAAAUGGAAAUAGUAGCGUGGUCAGUCUGAAAUUGAACUUUAAAUGGAAAUACUGUCGUGGUUCAGUCUGAAAUUGAACUUCACAAAAAUUUGACUCUAAAUGGAAAUGCUGCCAUGGCUCAAAAUCUGAAAUUUAACUUUGAACACUGAAAUUGAACUUUAAAUGGAAAUACUACCAUGGUCAGUCGGAAAUAUAACUUUAAAUGGAAAUGCUGCCAUGGCUCAAAAUCUGAAAUCUAACUUCACUGAAAUUGAACUUUAAAUGGAAAUACUACCAUGGUCAGUCUGUAAUUGAACUUUAAAUGGAAGUACUGUCGUAGCUCAAAGUCUGAAUUUGAAAUUCACUGAAAUUGAACUUUAAAUGGAAAAAUACUGUCAUGGUCAGUCUGAAAUUGAAAUUUAAAUGGAAAUAGUGCCGUGGCUCAGUCAGAAAUUGAACUAAAAUGGAAAUACAACCAUGGUUCAGAGUCUGAAAUUGUACUUAAAUUGGAAAUACUGUCAUGUUUUAGUGACAGUUAUUUAAAUGAACUACACAUUUAAUUACCGCCAUGGUUCAGAAUGUGAUAUUGAACUGUACAUAGAAAUGUUGUCAAGAUCGAGCUAUAUGCCAUGGAAAUACUGUAAUGAUUUAGAUUGUCUAACUUUACAUACCAGUAAUGUCAUCGUUUUGGCAAGCAAUUAUUGAACUAUAUCUGGAAAUGAGUUAAACAUAUAUGAGAACAUAUAUCUUAGUUUGGUGCCUGACAUUGAAUAAACAUCAUUGUAGUCAGCUCUAAGAUGUAGAAUACCUCAGCAAUGAGCAGUUAUUUUAAAAAUGUAAAAAUGACAAGUCACAAUACCUAAGGAACAUAAUGGUUAUGUGGUGUAAUGUGGAAAAUAUGCUUUCUAAGAUUAAAGUCUAUGCAACUAAACUGUAUGAAUGCUCUGAUGACCUACAAGGAUUGUACAUCAUAUUUUAAUUUGUCAAAAAAAAACACUGUUGCUAGAGCGAACUAUAGAAAAGUCUUCAAAUGCCAUCUUCUCCAAAACCACUGGUCUGAUUAUGAAUUAUUUCACAGAAGUGACCAUUUACCAAAACUAAUAAAAAUCAUCUGGAUUUGUCAAAAAAAAAACAACCUGGGUCUAGUUUUCUGUAUAUGACUCCAGGAAAUGCCUUGAAAAUGUUCUCUAAAUCUACAGGCCAGUUUUACAAGGUCAUUUGGCAGAAAUGAGCUGCGCCAUGGGAAAACCAACAUAGUGGGUUUGUGACCAGCAUGGAUCCAGACCAGCCUGCGCAUCUGUGCAGUCUGGUCAGGAUCCAUGCUGUUCGCUAACGGUUUUUCUCAUUGCAAUAGACUUUGAAAGCGAACAGCAUGGAUCCUGACCAGACUGCGCAGGUGCGCAGGCUGGUCUGGAUCCAUGCUGGUCACAAAGCCACUAUGUUGGUUUUCUCAUGGCGCGGCACAAAUGUUUCUGGUGAGUGAUACAGGACCAACAUUGCCCUCUUCUUUAAUAACGGAAUUGGAAAAAAUGUGUAAUCUCCAGUGCUGUAUCUUUCCAAUUGCCUGUUCUUAUUUGUUGUAUUUGAACAUAAAUAAUGCAUGUAGAAAAUUUAUGUACUUGACCAGUGGAAAUGCCAGACACUUUUUUAAGGCAAGAUAAACUUUGUAUCAGCAUAUUAAAACGGCUAGUUGCUCCUAUUUGAAAACGAAGCACAUUGUGUUUUAGUCUACCUUUUUCAAGUGUGUUUGCUACUUUGUAUCAUUGGAUGUACAGUUGUAUUUCAUGUUUAAUUAGGUCUUUCAAUGUUUUUAUAGCGAUUCUAGUAAUUGUUUAGGUUUUCAGUGACAAAUAAUUUUGAUCAUAAAAUACUUUUCAAGUUAUCAUUCGAUGACUUACUAUAAAAUUUUGAGCUGAUUUCUUUAUUUUGUUGAAGAAGUAAGAUAUCCCAAACAGUUGUUUAUUAGUUAUUAUAUCACAAAGAUGCAGCCCCAGUGAUAUUAUGAUAUACAUUUGAAUGACAAUGAUUUUAUUCAUGAGAAAAUCACCAUUAAGAGAUAUGUUAUUUCUAAACUAACAUGAUAUCAAUGAUCACUACCUACAUCCUUGAUGACAUUUUUCAUGUUCUGUACUGUGUAAAUGAUCAGCACAUCAGUAUAAUGUUUGGCACUAUGUUUUAAUAAUUGUAACUUACAAAAAGUGAUUGUAUUGCAUAAUAACGUCACACUUUCAGUCUUCUUUUGUAAUAGUUAAACAAAUUGGGUCGUGUUAGAAUUAGGUGAUUUUCUAUAUAUACACGUUUUGAAAUCUCAACCUUGAUAACCUGUUAAGUAAUUUUGGAAUUUCUUUCAAAGUUCCAAGUUUUACAAAUGAAUGCUAUGGUUAUGCUAUGGCUAUGGUUAUGCUAUGGCUAUGAUUAUGCUAUGGCUAUGGCUAUGCUAUGGCUAUGCUAUGGCUAUGGCUAUGCUAUGGCUAUGGCUAUAUUGUUUUGUUUUCUGGUCAUACAUCUAAUGAUAAUGUGCAAUUUUCAUGAGGCAUGUGUGAAAUGAAGUUUUCUUGUAGUAGUGUGAAAAUAGCUUGUUUUGUUUGCAAAUUAUUUAUCUGUGUGAAUAUUUUCUAUAUGCAGAUUAUGUGUACAAUUUCUUAUUUCUUAAUGGGUAGUAUUUGGUUAACAACAAAAUAAAAAAUCAAUAUGAA